AUGUCCGCCAACAACAACAGCAGCAGUGAUCGUCUUCGCAGUGCUCCUCCGGUGACCCAGGCCACUGGCGAAUGGCGAGGAGGCUACCACAGCUGCUACCAACAACGGCAACAACACACUCAAGGCCACGGGGAUGCGUCGUCGAUCACUCGCGCGAAAGCUGCUUGCGUACACGCCAACGCGUGUUUGCCUGCGUACCUCGCGUUCGCGUUACUGGUGACGUCGCUGGCCGUGGUUGGGGUGGGGGGUGUGUCAAUGACCGGGCCCGGUAUUGCCAGUGUGCAAAUUUCAGGUGCAGCUGCACCGCAAACGAAGGCCACCGAAACCGGUUCCGAUCUUCGAAGGGCGCCUCGAUCGCCGGUCACGACUACGGCAGGGCCAGGGCUGGGGGCUUCAACGGAGGAACCCCAAGUAACAUGUCCUCAUUCGCAGUUUACAUGUGUGGUGGAUGGUAAAUGUAUACCUGCCUUGUGGCGAUGUGACACCUCCGCGGAUUGUUCGGACGGUUCCGACGAAGUUGGUUGUGAUAAGGCACAUUCCUGCAAAUUCGGUAUGUUUCACUGUAAACUAUCCAACCGGUGUAUUCCUGUCGACUGGUCGUGCGACGGUGAUGUAGACUGUGGUGUGGUAGAAAAUUAUCACAUGGUUGACGACUCUGACGAGGAUCCUUACCUAUGUCGGGCACACAAAAAGUGCCUCCCAACGCAGGGGCUCUGUAUGGAUGGGAAGUGUCUGGAGAUCGACCGAUUCUGUGAUGGCUUCUGGGAUUGCAGCAACGACGAGCUAAACUGUUCUACCAACAGCACAGCAACGACUAACCCUGCGACGAGCUCUUGCGAUGCUCUCAAGUGUUCCUACGAUUGUCGAGUGACGCCAGAAGGUCCAAGGUGUUUCUGUGCCAAAGACAGCCAACCCAACGGCAGUAUUUGUGAGGAUUUCGACGAUUGUCAGGUUGAGGGUCUUUGUGAUCAAGUGUGCAAGAAUCAGCCCGGAUCGUACCAAUGUAGCUGCACCACCGGCUAUAUGAAGCAAGGGAACACAUGUACCGCGGUCAAUUUGCCCAAAGAUGAGCCAGCGUCGCUGAUGUUUGCAACUCGAAAUAAGGUACGCAAAAUACCCAUCAGCAAUAGGACCGCGGUGCUGCAGGAAAUAGGCACGUCUUUGAACACAACGAACGAUGAAGGACAACUGUGGCAGUCGUUUACUCGCAUUCGUGCACUAGAAAUAGUCCACCGUAAUCGAACGUUUUGUGUCGUGCGGAUAUCGAACGAGUCCAUGCUAGAGUGCCAUAGCGUUGACAACACAUCGCAUAGCUGGACUAUGCCAAGGCCAGAUCUCUUUGCGAAUCUCGAUAGUAUCGUCGAUUUUCGGCUCGAUUGGGUAUCGGGAAACUGGUACUUUCUCGACGAGGAACGAGAAAUUAUUUUCGUUUGCUCAUCGCAAAUGCUGCAUUGCACAGUCGUCGUGGAAGCUAUAAGUGAACCUCUUCGACCUCGCCGGAUGGCGCUAGAUCCCACCAAAGGUUUUCUGUUCUUUUCCAAGUGGGGAAGCGGAGAAGCCAGUAUUGAAAGAUCGCUGCUCGAUGGUACAAACCGCACAUCGAUCGUGAAGAAUAAAAUCAUCAACCCACUAGAUAUAGCGCUUGAUUUGGUGAUGCAGCACGUAUACUGGGUGGAUAUUCAUCUGGAUGCAGUUCAGCGUGUGAACUACGACGGAAGUGGCCGUUGGUAUCCAAAGAAACGGCCCGAGUUCACGUUAAAUUUUCGACUUCUCUAUGCUCUCGACGUGUUCGAGAGAUCGAUCUAUCUUGCAUCAUGGAAGAAUGGUAGCAUAGUGGCACUGAAUGGUACCACAGGCCAGACGCGCAUUAUCGUUCCAAACGCAUCCCGUGCUGUCCACCUCCACGUGUUUCACCGGCAGAAGCAACCAGAAGUAGCACAUCCUUGUCGCAUUCAGAAUGCGGGCUGCGAUCAGCUGUGCAUUCCGGUGUGGAAGAAAAUCGGCGUGGCUAUUGCUCAGUGCAUGUGUUCACCUGGAUAUCGCUUGAAGACGAAAACGCAAUGCAUGCUCGUUAAAAGACCAACCUUUUUGUUGUACGCCAAGUCAUCGCCGGCAAUGAUUCGAGGGUUUGCCAUGGGUAUGAAGUCGCAGGAAGCAAUAGUCCCCGUCACGAAUCUCGGUGUUCACAUCUCGUUUGAUUGUCACGUUGAGGAGCAGUUACUCUUCUUUUCUCACCGCAAUAAAGACUCUCCAACGUUUCGAAUAGAAUCGCAAAAAUUAGAUGGUACUGAUCGACAGCUAAUACUCGAAAGUCCUGGUUCAUGCGAUGGUAUUUCAUACGAUUGGCUUGGUAAUAACAUUUUCUGGACUGAUUCAGAUCGUAACCAUAUAUCAGUCGUAAAGCUAGGACCAAAACCAGAACGCUUUACUGUACUAAGACACCUUCAAGCACCAAUGUCUAUUGUAGUAGAUCCAAAGCAAGGCUGGAUGUAUUGGUCUUCAUGGUCAGUUCCCAGCGGUCGUAUCGAUCGCGCAUGGAUGAACGGCUCUCACACAGAGCUGUUAAUAAGCAAUAAGGAUCGCCCAAUCGAAUGGCCAACUAGCUUGUCUAUUGAUACGAUCCAAAAACGGCUCUAUUGGUGUGACGCCAGGCUCAGCCUGAUAGAAAGCUCUAAUCUCGAUGGUAGUAAUCGAGUGCUUCUUUUUGACGGACAACCGCAUAAUCAAUUCCCAUCUGCCCUCGCCGUACAUCGACAAUUUGUGUAUUUCGGUGACAACGUUAAGAGACGCAUACAGAAAUUCAAUUUAAGUGAUCCAUAUACUUUGGAAACAGUAUCGAUCGAAAAACCUCGGCUGUGGGAGCUGAAAAUUUUUGACAACCUUACACAACACAACGGAAAGGCGCGAAAUUCGUGUGACAUAGAUUGCCCGGGCAUUUGUUUAAACACACCCACUGCAUACGCAAGCUGCAAGUGUAUGGACGGUCAAGUUCUUUCUCAGCCAGCUGAGGGAAAGCCGAUUUGUCUUCCUUUCGAUUUGAAACACUCACAGGCAACGUGUAAUUCUAGCACACAUUUCUUAUGCCACAACAAUAUCGAUUGUAUUGAAAUCAAGUACACUUGUGACGGUGAUCGUGACUGCGAGGAUGGUAGUGACGAGAAGGUUACGCCUGAAGGUCCAUGCGAUCCCAAUUGCGAUCUCGAGACCAAUUUCAAGUGUGAUGAGCAACGGUGUAUUAGCAGGAUACAUGUUUGCGAUGGCUCGGUUGAUUGCAUCGAUGAAAGUGAUGAGGACUACAUUAAUUGUCCCAAUAAACCCUGCAGUGAGCAGUUUUUUCGAUGUAACAUCAGUCAUAGAUGCAUUCCAAAUACAUGGGUCUGCGACAGACAUCUUGACUGUGGGCCUAACGAUAAUUCUGACGAACCGGAGCACUGUCACAAAUGUCCUGAGUUUGAGUGCAAAAAUUCGGCUUGCGUCCCUUUUGAGUUUCUGUGCGAUGGUGUUGAUAACUGCGGUGACAGAUCGGAUGAAUCACAAUGCGGUGUGAUCUGCGGAGCAAAUGAGUUCUUCUGCAGCCCACACGGUUGCAUAGAUCGUACGUUAAUGUGCGAUCCCAAGCUCAAUUGUUUGAAUGCGUUCAAUGAAUGCGACAAACAGGCAAAGGCUGAAAAUAAUGGUACCAAUCAUCCUGGCAUACCUAUCCGAUCGGAGUCGGAGCUAAAGGAUCUCUGUAGACAGGAUCUCUCGGUAGUCUGUGGAUCUGAACGACAGUGUAUCGAAAACUAUAAUCGCGAAUGCCAGCGAAUGGAGUUCAAACCGUUCAAUGAAACAAAAACCUGUCAGCAUCCAGAUCGCUUAUGCCGCAUAACGAAUGAAUGUAUACAAGUGUCGCAACUAUGCGACGGACGUACAAAUUGUCCUGAUGGCACAGAUGAAGGAUUCCGAUGUUUGGAAAAAAUGUGCGACACAUCCACAGAAUGUUCUCACUCAUGUCAUAAUGCACCAGAAGGCCUGGUAUGCUCUUGUCCACCUCAUCUAUUUCUGCAACCUAACGGCCGGGAAUGUGGACAUGAUCAUGCGUGCAAUUCAUGGGGCACGUGUUCCCAAACCUGCCUCGUCUCCGGGAUGCAUUACCGGUGCGAGUGUGUUGAAGGUUAUACAAUGAUGUACGAUAAGUUCACCUGUCGCAGCAACAACGCUGACUCACCCUAUGUUAUCUUUAGCAAUCGGCAAGAGAUUUUGGGUGUCGAUCUGAACACACUUGGUGUGAAAAGUUUUUACACCUCUCUGCGAAACACCAUCGCAUUAGAUUUUCUUUUUCACAACAAUUCCGUGCAGAUCUUCUGGUCGGACGUAAUGGACGACAAGAUCUAUCGAGGCAUACUAAAAAACGACACUAUAAGCAAUGUUGAAGCCGUAGUGCAGUCCGGUCUAUCAACGGCCGAGGGUCUAGCAGUGGACUGGAUAGGAAUGAAUAUUUACUGGAUUGACUCAAACCUGGAUCAGAUAGAAGUCGCAAAAACCAAUGGAAGCUUCAGAAGGACUCUGGUCGCAGGAGAUAUGGUGAAUCCCCGAGCAAUCGCCCUGGACCCAAUGGAGGGCGUGCUCUUUUGGACCGAUUGGGAGGAAGGUUCUCCACGUCUUGAGCGGUGUACAAUGGCUGGAGAGAAUCGUACAGUGAUCAAGUACGUAGGAUCAGAUGGAGGUUGGCCAAAUGGUAUCGCGUUAGAUUACAUAUUACGUCGAGUGUACUGGAUCGAUGCACGCUCCGACUCAAUACACACGAUCACUUACAACGGCCUGGAUCAUCAUCUUGUUAUAAAAGAUCAGGGAGUGCUAGCACACCCAUUCAGUAUCACCGUUUUCGACAAUUAUGUUUAUUGGACUGAUUGGCGCACAUACUCCGUCAUUCGUGCCAACAAGUGGAAUGGCUCCGAUAUAACUGUAAUACAAAAAACGCAAAGCCAGCCUUUUGGCAUCCAAAUUCUACACUCCAGCCGACAACCAAACAAUCAACCGAACCCGUGCGCUAUCAACAACGGAGGCUGCUCGCAUUUGUGCUUACUAAGCGUUGGAUUGCGUCACGAGUGCGCUUGUCCGCACGUAAUGCGCCUGCACGAAGAUCGAAUGCGGUGUAUUCCGAAUGAGGAAAUCCUUCUAUUUGUAGUGGCUAGCGAAAUACGGGGAGUCGACUUGCAGCAGCCUGCUCAUUACACCAUCCCCACGAUCAGCCACCCGACCCAAGUUAUGCAACCGUCCGUGUUAGAUUAUGACAUCAGCGCCGCCCGCCUCUAUUGGAACGACAUUCAGCUAAAUGAAAUUAAGUCUUCCGGUCUUGCGACAGGACCGAUCGAAACUAUCCUUGAUACAGAAAUUUCGCAUUCGUUGGGCUUUGCCGUGGACUGGAUAUCAAAGCUGCUCUAUUUUUCAACCGGUAAUGAAACGAACAGUCGUAUAUUGGUUAGCAACUUAAAUGGCGAAUACGUAGCAGAAAUUGCCGAUGGUUUGGCUUUGGUCAACAGUCUCGUUAUUUAUCCUGCAAGAGGUAUGAUGUUUUAUGCAACUAUGAGUGAAACGCCAAAGCUCUAUGAGUUGUAUGCUAGUCGCAUGGACGGAUCCGAACGCCAAUUAGUUAGCAAUUCGACCUUCUACCAGGUUGAUAGUUUAGCACUUGAUUUCGAAACUAAUCGGCUAUAUUAUAUUGCUUCGAGGACGGGUGAAAUUUUUUACUACGAUAUUGGAAGUGGAAAAAUUAUUCAAGUACUAUCAUCUCAUCAGGAUAACCACCCGAUCAGUACAAUAACGAUCUAUCGCGAUUCUAUCUUAUAUGACGAUAAUCACGAGGGUCGCAUAAUGCGAUGUAACAAGGAUCUUUGUCAAAACGCAGUAUCAGUAAGGAACAAUACGAGUGGUAUCAAUGCUAUUCGAAUGUACCAUCCUGAAGCACAAAACGGUACGAACUCAUGCCAAAAGCAAACAGAUGGAUCGAGCUCAACCGGUUGCGAACAUCUCUGCAUUCCUGUGUCAGCCCAAAGCCAUGUAUGUCGCUGUGCAAUUGGAUAUACAAGCGAUCCACAUAACGCUGCUCGAUGCAUCGGAUUGGAUGACGUGUUGGUGUAUUCAAUCGGUCAUCAACUUAAAGGUAUUGCACUCUCCCGAUCGGAUGAUGUUGUUAAAUCAAAUCUACGAGAGCGCGAUACGUUUGGACCGCUACAGCAAAUAUCUUUAGCAACGAGUAUCGACUUUCACGUGGCUGCAGAUUAUGUGUAUAUUGCCGACACCGAUAGAGGAUCGAUUACGCGUAUUAAACGGGAUGGAAGUGGUCGAGAAACAAUCAUCAGCUACUUUGAACAGGUUAUCGAUGCUAGCAGCGCCAUCGAUUGGCUGGGCGGUAUUGCGAUAGACUGGGUGGCGGAAAAUAUCUACUGGACAGAUCAGAAGCGUAAUUUGAUUGAGGUGGCACGGCUGAACGGGAGUCUGCGAUACGUUGUCCGAUCAGAUGUGGAAAGUCCGAUGCUGUUGGCCAUAGAUCCGUGGCAGGGCUAUCUCUUCUAUGCCAACCGAGGUAUGAUUGGCCGAAUGGGACUAGAUGGAUCCAGUAACUUCAUAGUAGUAAAUCAUUCUUCGGGAAUCAGUGAUCUUGCCUUGGAUCCCGAUAAUCAGGUGGUAUAUUGGUGCGAGAUGUUAACAGAUACGAUCUGGAAGGUGGACUACGAUGGCAACAUGAAACGUUUGCUUCUAAACGGCACGUUAUACAAUCCGAAAUCACUCGAUUUGUUUGGUAAAACCAUCUUCUGGUCAGACUCACGUGGUAAUAUAAACGCAGCUGAUAUUGAUAACAUUUUCAACUACAGAAGAGUCGUGGAAUCUUUAGAAGAAUCAUCGCUAAAAGAUAUCAAAAUAUUUUCAAGCCGCAAGCAGAGUAAAACUAACGCUUGUGGUGUAGCAAACGGAGGUUGCAAAGAGCUGUGUCUAUACAACGGCACACAUCCGAUAUGUGCAUGUUCGCAUGGGAAAAUUUCAUCCACGGAUUUAAAGACCUGCGAGCCGUAUGAAAACUUUUUACUUUAUUCGCGACAAACGGCAAUUGAGAGCAUACACAUGACCGAUGCGAGUAACAUUAACGGCCCGAUAUCGGAGAUAAAAAAUUCUACGUAUUUGAAAAACACGAUUGCAUUAAGCUACGAUUAUGAGCAAGAGCUAAUUUUUUACUCCGACAUCGAUCACAGUACUAUCAACUGCGUGCAUUUCAAUGGCACAAAACAUCAACGCAUCGUCACGAAGCAACUUACGGUGGAAGGACUAGCUUUUAAUCCACAAACCCGGGUUCUUUUCUGGACAUCAAACAACGAAGCUGCUAUCCGUUCACUGGAUCUAAAUAAUGUGUCCCUUUCCGAUCCAGUAGCGAAUGCAGCGCUAGUGCAAGAUGUGAUAAAACUGCAUGCAACGGAUAAGCCACGUGGAAUUGCCGUUGAACCGUGUCUUGCAAUGGUAUACUGGACGAAUAGAAACCUGCACGGCGCGUCAAUUCAACGUGCAUAUCCUUCGGGUUAUGGUUUAGAAAGUAUCAUCACGAAUGACAUUCAGAUGCCUAACGCGCUCACGUUAGACUAUCAAGCACGCAAACUGUACUGGGCCGACGCGCUGCUAGAUAAGAUCGAACGAACGGACUAUGACGGAAAGCAUCGUGUGGUGUUGGCACAUUCUGCCCCCAAACACCCUUUCGCACUGGCUGUAUUUGGGGAUCUGCUCUUUUGGACUGAUCUCACCAUUCACGCUGUCAUUCGGGCUGAUAAAUACUCCGGUAGCGAUGUUGUAUUGCUUCGGCGCGACAUUUCCCAACCAAUGGGCAUUGUAGCGGUUCAAAAAACUGAUAAGAAGUGCGCCGCCGAUCCAUGCUCAGUGCUGAAUGGAUUAUGCGAGGACAAAUGUCUUACCGAUGCGUAUGGUAAGGUUAAGUGCCAAUGCACACAAGGCGUUUUGGCCUCUGAUGGCCAGCGGUGUAUUCCGAAAUCGGUCAGUAACUGCUCGUCCUCGGAGUUUAGCUGCACAAACGGGAACUGUAUACCAUUUCAUCUGACGUGCGAUUCUAUCAAACAUUGCCUGGAUGGUUCCGAUGAGAUGGUAACGUUCUGCUCCCACAGACCUUGUCCCUCAGGAUUUUUCCGAUGCAAUAACGCACGCUGCAUUCCGCAGAGCCAACAAUGCAAUCAUGUUCAGAACUGUGGGGAUGGAAGUGACGAGAUAGGAUGCAGUUGCAACAACGCCACACACUUCCGUUGUGCAAGCGACGGACAGUGCAUCAUUAAGUCAAUGCGGUGCGACUACGAACCCGACUGCAAAGAUGUGUCAGACGAGCUUGAUUGUCCGGUGAUCCGUAACUGUCUGGCCGGAUUCAUCAAAUGCCCUAAUACGACCGCUUGUUACCUGCCGACAUGGCAAUGCGAUGGCGAAAACGAUUGCUGGGAUAACUCAGACGAAAAAGAUUGUCCCACGGCCAUUCCGACUUGCCCGCAGGAAAAGUUUCUAUGCGCAAACGGUCGUUGCAUACCGCAGUCGUGGCGUUGCGAUGACGAGGAUGAUUGCACGGACGCUAUCGAGGGAGGUUUGAGCUCAGACGAGAUUGCAUGCGUGAAGCACUGCAAACCAAACCAAUUCAAGUGUACAAACACUUCGGAGUGCAUCUCGAACAGUUGGCAGUGUGAUGGCCAUCCCGAUUGCGCCGAUGGUUCGGAUGAAGGCGAGCACUGUGCGCGACGAGACUGCCCCGAAACGGAAUUCCAGUGUCCGACAACAAACCGUUGCAUUUCUGUGAUGUGGGUCUGUGACGGUGAUGUCGAUUGCGGGGCAACACAGGACGACGAAAUGGGAUGUGAUGAGAUAGUACCGACCGUUUGCGAUAAGACCUCAUUUACAUGUAAGAACGGCGAGUGUAUCAGCCUGCUACAUGUCUGCGAUGGCGAACAGGACUGUGUGGAUGGAUCGGACGAACCGCUUUAUUGCAAGCUAGAUCACGAUGGAUAUGAUGACGAUGAUGUUGGUGCAGUGGAUGAACUGGGGUGUCGUGAGCACGAUCAGUUCCGCUGCAGUAACGGAAAGUGUAUCGAUCGAAACCUUACAUGUAACGUAGACAACGAUUGCGACGAUGGCUCGGAUGAGGACAUACGUUUGUGUCGGAACACGACUCUCAUAUGCGCUGGGCCGGAACACUUCCGGUGUGAAGGUGGCGCCUGCAUUACGAGCAGCAUGUUAUGUGAUGGAGCAAACGACUGCGGAGACUGGAGUGACGAAAAAUCCUGCCACAUCAACGAGUGUGAAAUAAUACCGAAUCUUUGCGCGCACAAAUGCGAAGACCGUCCCGUUGGCUACGAAUGCGUGUGUAAGAAGGGUUUUCGCGUAAAUGCCAACGACAAGCACUUAUGCGUGGAUGUUGAUGAGUGUACCGAGCAACAACCGCGCCCUUGCAGCCAAACAUGUAUGAACACACACGGUUCAUAUCAUUGCUCGUGCGUGAAGGGAUUCGUAUUACGUGACAAUGACACCUGUCGAGCAGAUGGAGAACAAAUCAACGCACCAAAGCUCAUAUUUUCCAACAGAUACUACCUGCGAGAGGUAGACCUGAGCGGAGGAAUGACGAUUCUAGCGCAUAAUCUAACCAAUGCCAUAACACUUGACUUUGAUUGGUUGGAAAAGUGUUACUACUGGUCGGAUGUAACGAGCACAGUUACCACGGUCAAGAGGAUGUGCGAAUCAGAAGCUUCCGGUGAGGUGAAUCGCACCGUUGAAGUAGUGCACAGGACAAAUUUGAAAACCCCCGAAGGUUUAGCGGUCGACUGGGUGGGCAGGAAUUUAUACUGGUGCGAUAAAGGGCUCGAUACCAUCGAGGUGUCCAAGCUAGAUGGACGGUACCGACGAGUGCUAAUUAGCAAGGAGCUGCAAAAACCGCGCGCAAUCGCUCUCGAUCCUUUUCGGGGGAAUAUGUACUGGACUGAUUGGGGAGACCGACCGCACAUUGGCCGGGCUGGGAUGGACGGAAGCAAUCAGACUAUUUUGAUCAAGGACCAACUGGGCUGGCCAAACGCACUGACGAUCAGCUUCGAAACGAACCAACUGUUCUGGGGUGAUGCCCGAGAGGACUAUAUAGCCGUAAGUGACCUGGACGGGCAAAACGUGCGGGUGUUGCUUACGAGAACGCGGCAACCGUUGCUUAACUUGCAUCAUGUGUUUGCCAUUGCCGUGUGGGAAGACCGCAUCUAUUGGUCAGAUUUAGACUCAAAAUCAAUCGAAUACUGCCAUAAGUAUCGUGGAGAUGCAUGCGGGACGCUUAUCAGUACGAUACACCGCCCGAUGGACAUUAGGAUCUAUCAUCCCUACAGACAGAUACAGCCAGCUGUAAAUCCUUGCGACACGGCAGGUUGUCAAACGCUUUGUGUGCUUUCUCCAGAGCCAGCCGGGUACCGUUGCCUGUGUCCUGAUAACUUCGUACUGGCUGCUGACGGGAAGAGCUGUGAGGCAAACUGUUCAGCUGCGCAUUUCCAGUGCCAUGGGACGUUCAAGUGCAUUCCGUUCUACUGGCGCUGUGACAAGCAUGACGACUGUGGGGAUGGUAGCGAUGAGCCGUCGGAUUGUCCUACGUUCAACUGUGAAGCUGGUCAGUUCCAGUGUCUCAACAAGCGUUGCAUAAAUCCGAGCCAGAUCUGUGACGGCGUGGAACAAUGCGGCGAUCAUUCGGAUGAACGCGAUUGCAAUACAUUCGAGUGCUUUAGUUCAUUCUUCAAAUGUGGUCCUUCGGUAGCGAAAAACUCCAGUGGAUUCUGCAUUGAAAGAACACGUCGCUGCGACGAAGUGAUUGACUGUCCAAACGGUGAAGACGAGCAGCAUUGUGAACCGAAAAAUUGUACCUCUACCCAGUUCCGGUGCGCGAAUGGAGGCAAGUGCAUUGAUCGCACUUGGGUGUGUGAUAACGUGCCCGAUUGCCACGAUGGAUCUGAUGAACAAGUUUGCGGGCCCGCGACUACCUGUCCGGAACAUGAAUUUCGCUGCAGCGAGGGUCGUUGUAUACCUAAAACGUGGCUCUGCGAUGACGAGAAGGACUGUGUAAACGGGGAAGAUGAAAUGGAAAAUUGUCAGAAACCGGAAGCAAUCACAUGCGAACCAUACAGCUUCCGAUGCAAUAACUCAAAAUGCAUUCCUGGAAGGUGGCGUUGUGAUUUUGAAAACGAUUGUGGUGAUAACUCUGACGAAAUGAACUGUGAAUUGAGAAACUGUUCCGAAUCAGAAUUCCGCUGUCGCGAUGGGCAUUGUAUUCGGGGAAUUCGAAGGUGCGACAACGAGUUCAAUUGUGCCGACCACAGUGACGAAGAGAAUUGUAACGUAACUUGUGGCGAAAAUCAGUUUAAAUGCAAAAAUCAUCCAGCCUGCAUUAGCCACAAAUUCAGAUGCGAUGGUGACAAUGACUGCAUAGACGAAUCUGAUGAACAAGGCUGCGACUGCCACGAAGACGAGUACCGGUGCAACAACGGAAAAUGCAUUCUCAAGAGCUGGGUAUGCGACGGAAUAGACGAUUGUCUCGAUAAUUCGGACGAGAUGAAUGCAUACUGCACGGAGCAUGGGUGCAACAAACGCGCGUUCCAUUGCGCCAAUGGUAACUGCAUUCGCAAGAGCCUGCUUUGCGACAACAAGGACGAUUGCGGAGACAACACCGACGAAAAGAGUGCCCUCUGCCAAAAGUGCCCACCAAACUCCUUCCGAUGCAGCAGCGAUUCGAAGUGCAUCGACAGUGCACUACGAUGCGAUCAAACGCCACACUGCCUGGACGAAUCUGACGAAAUCGGUUGCAUUAAAACGGGUUGUGGGUUCGGAGCGUGCAGCCAAAUAUGCGUGGAAAAGAAAGGCCACUACAACUGCCGUUGCGUAGAAGGAUAUGCGAAAGGAGGCUCUGGUCGCAAUGCAACCUGCGUGGCCGUUGAGGAGCAGGGAAUUUUGUUGGUAGCAUCGGAAUCUGAUUUCCGUAGUCUUUACAUCGACACACCAGUAAUGGGCUAUUUGCAGACCUCUUCGUUAAAGAUUGAUCGGUUCGAUUUCGCGAUUACCCGUCAUAAUAUCACGCUUUUCUGGAUAGAUAGCUUCGACACGAGCAUCAACAAAAUUCUUAUGGAUACAACCGUUAAAGAUGGCGAUUACUCUCAGAGUGCGAUGAAUGUUAAGAAGGAAGUACGCCGCCAACUUCCGGCGUCCGCAGCCCAUUCUUACGAUCACAUCAAGACGCUCGACGGCAAACACUCCUCCGUAGUGCUCAAGAGCGAGGAUAUCGUUCCCAUCGCCAUAGCGUGCGAUUGGCUGACGGAGCGACUGUAUGUGAUAAAUAAAAAACGCAGUAACAUCUUCGUCAUGAGCUACAAUGGAACCAAUCAUACCACGCUUGCGCCAACCGGAAAACAUCCAAUCGGUCUGGUCGUUGAUCCUGUCAACGCCAUAAUGGUUUGGUCGAUCAUGGAAACGAUCAUUAGCUCGGGAAUGGAUGGGCGUGGCAAGCAGAAACUCGUGCACACCAACAUAGAAUGGGCAUCCGGGUUGGCAGUCGAUACCACCACGAAGCGGUUAUACUGGGCGGACUACAGGAAAUCUACUAUCGAAACGUGCCUUUUGCUGACCGGAGGAGAUCGUCACGUAAUUGCUGAACUACACGAUUACUCUAAGCCGAAAUUGCUGGACGUAUUCGAAGACAGCGUGUAUGUCAUUCUGUAUAAUCAGAAUAUUCUUAAGCUGAACAAGUACGGUCGAGACAAUGGCACAUACAUGAACGAGGAAGCGCGCGGACCCAACGGAUCUGGUGGAUAUCGAUCUUCUGAUGUUCAUUUCAUUCAUCCAUUGAAGCACGAUCGUAGUGUACCUAAUCCUUGUAUUGCGUAUCCAUGCCAUGAAUCUACCAUAUGUCUGCUUUCCACUGAAAAUCGCCUGAGGCGCAGUUGCGUUUGCCCUGAUUCCCAUCCGCGGGUUGUCUUGGACGAUCAUGGCGAGGUACGAGAGUGCCUAGAAAUGAAUCCCCAGAUGGCCGAAUGCAAGCUGCACUGUAAACAAGGUUCUUGCAUGAUCGAUCCGAAUGGUCAACAAAGGUGCCAAUGUUCUACGAACUAUGAUGGCAAAUUCUGUGACCAUUACAUAUGUUCGGGGUACUGCAAAAACAAAGGGUUCUGUGAAAUCGUUAACAACGAACCAAAGUGUAGCUGUUUGCCUCAGUGGACGGGCAAGCGGUGUGACAUUUCGACCUCUAAAUGCCAGCAAUAUUGUCACAACGGCGGUAACUGUACGAUUGCCCGGGAUGGUGAUACGCUCAGCUGCACCUGUCCUGAAGGUUAUACAGGGGAACAAUGUCAACAUUGUGCGAAUCUGCACUGCGAAAACGGAGGAGUGUGUCUUAAGGCAACCAGCCAGUGCUUAUGUGCAGAAGGUUUCGUUGGACGAAACUGUGAAAGGAACGUAUGCACGGAAUUCUGCGAGAAUGAAGGCGAGUGUACGAUAGAGCGAGGGGCAGCGAAAUGCAGCUGCCCUGAGACGACGUACGGUGAACGGUGUCAGUUUAAGGAUUGUCCAGAUUUGUGCCGUAAUGGUGGAGAUUGUGUUCCCGGUGAGCGACCGUACUGCAAGUGUCGACAAGGAUACGACGGUCCGUAUUGUGAGCAUGAUCUUUGCGAACUUCCCGAAGAAACACGGCCCAGCUAUUGUGCGUUAGUUCGCCCUACAACUGUAGAGCCUUCUCAACACUCACCGGUGAACUCGUGCAGCAGACACUAUUGCAAUAAUGGGGGGCACUGUUUGGAGGUUCGCGGAGCACCCAUAUGCAACUGCACAACACAGUACGCUGGAGAACACUGCGAAAAUUACGUCACUUACCGUAAUCCGUGCAAUAAUUUCUGCUUCAACAAUGCCAUAUGUCAACUGGAUCUAUUUUCGUCGUCCAAUGUUACGUAUAUUCCAUCGUGCAUAUGCAUUGGGGAAUGGACGGGCAAGCGAUGCGAUGCUAUUUCUCUGAGUGAACUUGAGGGCGCUGAUCCGAAUGGUUCCAGCGUCACACUGUCGGUGCUUGGGAUCAUCGUUUUUGUUAUGCUCAUAGUCGCCGCCGGUUUGGGCGGUACUUUCUACGGGUUAAAAAAACGGCGCUCGGGGCAACCCUUCCUACACGCCCGCCUGACGGAUAAUGUGGAAAUCACGAAUCCAAUGUACCUUGGAGAUGCUGACGAAGGUCCAGCUUUCGUUCAUGAAGACGAUAAGGUUCAUUUCGGAAAUCCUGUGUACGAACAGAUGUAUGCCGGCAGUGUAAAUGUACACAGCGAUUCUUCCACGAUUGCCGGUAACAGCGCACAUCCAUUGCUCACGAACGUAUCUACUGCGCCGGAGGAAAAGAAAGGCUUGCUUCAACAUCCCCAGGAAGAUACAGUUACAGCCGAUCUUUUAUGAUGUAAAGCGAAAUAGUAGCAGUUGCUAAAGCGACGGUUUUAGGAUCAAUCAGAUCUUAAACCUGUCGUUACAAACCUUUAUAGGGUUGGC